UUACCCCUACCUUUAAUUUCUUCCCAUUCUUCUGUCAUCCCCUUGUCUCCUCCUCCCCUCUUUACUCUACAGGUGUCCAACUGUACAGAGAUAGAUGAUGUGCUUCAGAAGUACUACCUAUCACCAUCUUAUGCUAUAGAGUUCGCCAUUGGUUUCCCUGGCAACUUACUGGUUGUACUUGGCUACAUAUUUUGUUUGACUGAGUGGCAGAGCUGCAAUAUUUACAUAUUCAGUCUGACAGUCUCCGACCUUAUUUUCCUCUGCACACUGCCACGCCUCUCCUGUCUCUAUGCAACUUCUGAAACAGAAACCAGUACCUAUGCCUGCAUUAUCAACCGCUAUAUCCUACAUGUCAAUCUCUACUCUUCCAUCCUUUUUAUGGUCUGGCUUAGCAUGGACCGCUUUUUGCUCAUAAAAUAUCCAACACGGAAUCACUUCCUGCUAAAGCCCCAGACAGCACUCAUAGUGACCGGGCUCAGCUGGCUAGCUGUCAACGUGGAGGUGAUUCCAAUGAUAGUACUGAUGAUUCAGGACAUGCAGAAUGGAAACUUCACACGCUGCAAAGACUUUGCCAGCCUAAAUGGGAGAAUCGAUGCAUUAGGUUAUAGCCUGGGGCUAACCUUGACUGGUUACAUUCUCCCACUGCUUGGACUUUGUGUUUUCUCACACCAGAUUGCACGUUUACUCCAUGCACAGGAAAGGACUCUAAAGCACAGGACAAUUUCAUUCAAGAGGCCUCUGAGGGUUGUUACAUCAGCAGCAGCUAUGUUUCUCAUUCUCUACACUCCAUACCACGUGAUGAGAAAUGUCAGAAUUGCAUCUCGACAGCCCUGGUUAGGGCUGGAUCUUUGUCCAAGGAUGUACAUAGAGGCCUUGUAUAUCUUGACCCGGCCGUUGGCCUUCUUGCAUAGUGUGAUUAACCCUGUCUUCUAUUUCCUCAUGGGUGAUAAGUUCAGAGAACUUCUGAUUGCUAAGCUCAGAAAGUUGGUCAGACAGACAGAGCACAAUAGAGGUCCAGCCUGA